GCACGUCCCUUUCCCACCAGACAAUCCGCUCUACGCCCAGCAGACAUCCUCCUAACUACGCUGUAUCCUCACGCACCAGCUGUUCAGACAUUGCACCGCCCCCUCACAGCAGCCAUGAACUCGAUCGUCUCCGCAUUCCGGUCCGACCCCUCCGGGACGCCCCCCAAGCAGCACGGAGCCGUCCCCAUGCUCGAGCUCAACGACGGCCACAAGAUCCCCAUGCUCGCCUAUGGCCUCGGCACUGCAAACUCCGAAUACGCCGACGAUGAUGUCAUCAAGGCUACCACGACAGCCAUCAAGGCCGGCUUCUUCCACCUCGACGGUGCAGAGAAGUACGGGAACGAAAAGGAGCUCGGCAAGGCCAUCGCCAAGUCCGGCAUCGACCGCUCCGCGCUCUACGUCGUGACCAAGCUCGACAACAAGCCCGAGCACAUCGGCCAGGUCGACAAGAUCUUCACGGGCUCCCUCGAGCGCCUCGGCCUCGACUACGUGGACCUGUACCUCGUCCACCACCCGGCCAUGGCGGGCGGCGACCCGGCCCGGCUGCAGAGCCUGUGGGCAGAGGUCGAGGCGGUCCACGCGUCCGGCCGCGCGCGCAGCAUCGGCAUCUCCAACUUCCUCGCCGACGACAUUGAGAUGCUCUUCUCGGGCGGCACCAACCCCCCAAAAGUAAUCCCCGCCAUCAACCAGGUCGAGUUCCACCCGUACUACCAGCGCCAGGAGGUCGUCAAGGCGUGCCGCGACCGGGGCAUCGCCGUGAGCGCCUACGCGCUGCUGAGCCCCGUGAUCCGCGUCCCCGACGGGCCCUUGCACACGAGCGGGCUGCUGGCUGGCCUGGCCAAGAAGUAUGGCGUCCACGAGGCGGACGUGCUCCUGCGCUGGUGCAUCGACCAGGGCAUCGUCGCCAUCACCACCAGCUCAAACGAGACGCGCAUCAAUAGUUACAUCUGCAACAUCCCCAACUUCAAGCUCACCCCAAAGGAGGUCGAGGACAUCUCGGCAAAGGGAGGCGAGGCGUUCCACCGCUGCUUUUGGACUAACAAGUUUGCAGAGGGUGAUACCCGGUAGAGAAACGUGUCAUGCUGUGUCGAGGGCACAGGAGCGUGUCAAUGUAGCCGUGCUUUGCCGUUCUUGCGAGAGAGUUCACAAGUAGCAGAGCCGCAAAGUGCGCAAAGUCACUUUCACCCGGACCUGCGUGGAACUACAAGGGCAUAAUGAUAAACAAGCGUAACACCAAAAUCAAUUUUUGUACACGAGCAGUUGCUGCUCGUGACCUAACGCCUUUCGUCCGUCUAAAGACUAAAACAGCCAUCAUGAG